AAAGCCUCAAAAUUGAUUCAGUAAGCAAUCUGAGACCCGUGUUUGGACAACAAACCAAACAAUCCUUUGAAAUGCCAGCAAAUUUCCUUAUUUUAUGAGUUAAAAUUUUCAUUUUGCAUGGGAUCACUAGCUUAGGACAAUACCCACCUGUGUUUCCUAAGAGCCAACCAAUGGAGCAAGUUUCUUCCUCCCCUUGUGAAUUGCCACUUCUCAAUGAUAUUACCAGUAUAGCUGAGGAUGGAUAUACAGACCUCCAUGGAAAGCCUGUCAGCAGAUUUCUCACAGGAGGAUGGAAAGCAUCCCUUUUCAUCAUUACUGUUGAAAUUGCAGAGAGAUUUGCUUACUGUGGCAUUUCUUCCAACUUGAUCACGUAUCUCACAACUGUCAUGCAACAGAGCACUCCUACUGCUGCCAAAAAUGUUAAUCUCUGGUCGUCUGCUGCAUCCAUGUUUCCUCUCAUUGGAGCAUUUGUUGCAGAUUCCCUUUUGGGUCGUUACUGGACUAUUUUUCUGUCAUCUCUUAUUUAUGUGCUGGGUUUAUUCUGUUUAACUUUGUCAGCUUCUUUGACGUUCCUUAACCCAUACUCAUGCAAGGAAAGAUCAAUUUUUUGCACCAAACCUUCAGCGUUUCAGGUGAGGUUUUUCUUUGUUUCCCUAUACAUGGUUGCUCUGGGUGAAGGAGGUCACAGACCUUGUGUAGAAGCAUUUGGUGCAGAUCAAUUUGAUGAAGGAAACCCAACAGAGAGGAAGUAUAAGAGUUCAUUCUUCAAUUGGUGGUAUUUCGGUAUAUGCACUGGCUCAAUUUCAGCUGUUUCCGUGCUUGUGUACAUUCAAGAAAAUGUUGGGUGGGGUUGGGGUUUUGGCAUUCCAACUAUGGCCAUGGGAAUAGCAUUCUCUGUUUUCUUUUGUGGGACAAGUAUGUACCGGCAUAAACUGCCUUCCACCAGUCCAGUAACUCGAAUUGCCCAAGUUUUUGUUGCAGCUAUUCGCAAGUGGAAUGUCUCUGUGAAUAUCUCUUCUCAUGGAGAAGAAAAAUUGUACGUUACUCAAGAAUUUUGCAAGGGUGAAACAAGAAAGCUUAUGCCCACAAAUCAAUUCAGGCUUCUUGACAAAGCAACAGUUGCAAUUGGUUUAGACUAUGAACAUAAAACAAACAUUAAUUGGAGGCUAUGCACUGUUACACAGGUUGAAGAGGUGAAACUUGUUUUAAGGUUACUACCCAUUUGGGUGGCUUGUUUAAUGUAUGGGAUAGUUUUUCAACAACCUUCAACAUUUUUCACAAAACAGGGUGCCACAAUGAAUAGGAAGAUCAGUGGAAAUAUUGAAAUUCCUGCAGCAACCUUGCAAAUGUUUAUCAGCCUGACUAUUCUUGUGCUUGUGCCCAUGUAUGAUAAAAUCUUUGUUCCACUUGCCAGAAGUAUAACUGGAAAUGAGCGUGGCAUAACAUUGCUUCAGAGAAUAGGUGUUGGUAUAUUCUUCUCUGUUAUUGCCAUGAUUGUUGCAGCAUUGAUAGAAAUGAAAAGGCUCCAGACUGCAAAGGAAUAUGGAUUGGUAGACUUGCCCCAUGCAACAAUUCCCUUGAGCAUUUUUUGGAUGCUUCCACAGUAUAUUCUGUUUGGCAUGUCUGAAAUGUUUGCAAUGAUAGGCUUGCAAGAGUACUUUUAUGAUCAGAUGCCUGACACAAUGAGAAGCUUAGGAAUUGCUAUGUAUUUGAGUGUAUUUGGAGUUGGCAGUUUUUUUAGCAGUAUUCUUAUUUCUCUUAUUGAGAAAGUAAGUAGCACAGGCAAUAAGCAAAACUGGUUUGCAGACAACCUAAACAAAGCACAUUUGGACUACUUCUACUGGCUUUUGGCUGCAUUGAAUGCAUUAUUUCUAUGCAUCUAUCUUGCUUUUUCCAGUUGCUUCAUUUACAAGAAAGUAGAGAGCCAUGAUGAAGAGAUAUCCUGAUCAUCAAGCACCUUGCCCUGUGUCAUUCUAUGAUGACCUUAUCAACCCUAGUCAGAUGUAGCAUGUAUGUUGUUUAUGCAACAUACACCUGGAAAUAUUCUAGUAUGUGCCAAUCUAUUUCUUUGGAACAUGAAGUCACUAUGAUGUAGAAUAUCAAGACUUUUUUCCCCUUCUAUUUCAAAAAUGUAGUCCUCUGGACAAAGUAUAUCUUCCAUGAUUCUAAAUUAGCCUUAUUUUCUGUACUAAUCCUUGAAUAUGAGAAAAGAAGGGGAUCUUAUUCAGGUUCUUCA